UUAAGCAUAAUGAAACUCAUUUAGAAGCAUGUUCAAGUUAUAAUGCUACAGAUUUUGAUGAAAAUAGAAAUAGUGAAUAUAGUGAAAAUAUUUAUAAAUUGGGAGAAUUAUCAAAUGAUGCAUUGAUAGUCUUAAUGAGCGAAACCUCUUGA